AUGAACAUCAUUGAACUAUAUGCGGUGCUUGUCAUGGGGUUGCUGGGCUUCUGGCCGUGUAUCAUUAUUCUUUUCAGAACCCUACGACUGUCCCAAAUUUUGAUGACAAGCUUCGAACGCUGGAUACAGUACCCUCUUGCAAUAAAGGGAGCCUUUAGAAUCACGCGCCUCGAGUUGUUGUUGAUUUUUGGAUUUAUUGGCUGUAAUAUUUUCGUCCUGGCGUUUCGUGUUUCGAGCGCCGCUGACUUCGAAAAGCGGUCGGCAGUUGUUUCGGCUAUCAACAUAAUACCGCUGUUUUUGGGGGGUAACCCUAACCCGCUUUUCGACCUGAUUGGCGUUUCCACUGGUAGCUAUCACCUCAUCCAUUACUGGAUUGGCGGAGUUGCAAUCCUGGAGGGCCUAGUCCAUGCGGGGAUGUCAAUUCAAUCUGGUGGUAAUGAGCUGAAAAUAUCAGGAAUCCUGAUAUUUCACUUUUGGUGCAUUUACCCAUCCGAGGAAACGAACGAGGCCCCUUUCCAAAUCGACAAGUACUGGCAAUGUCACUAUUCCAAAAAAGGUCAAGAUGAGAGAUUCUUCAGGGGCGCUAUCUCCCAAGCUACCCGAUCACCGGGCAAACACAUCGUUAUGACAUGUGGGGACUCUAGCUUUACCGGCACCGCAAGGAAGGUUGUAAUCGAACUAAGCAGAUUAGAUAAUCCAAUCCGCUUCGUAGAGUUAGAUUAUCGACCAGAACAUAGGAAAGGCAGAGAUUCUGAACUGAGAUUGCAAGAACAGGGUGACGCUAGGCAGAAAACGAUCAAAAAGACUGAUGAAAUGAACAAACGGUCUGCGUGA